AUGCAAGUUGACGAGAAAUGCAAGGUGUGUAACGUUGGAAACGAAUCUGUAGAGCAUUGCUUGUUCCCCUGCCAGCUCGCUCUUAAUUGUUGGAAGAGAAUGAAAUUUAAGGGUUUCAUUGACAGAAAUUUAGACGUUAAAGCUCAAUUUGUGUGUUUGUUCUCUAAUCUAGAGCAAGAAGAUAAAUGUCUUGUGGCUAUGAUAUGUUGGCAUCUCUGGUUACAUCGGAAUAAUGCGGUAUGGAGUGAUUUGCGAAGUUCGGUUGAUGUUAUUUUAAAUUUGGCCAGUCAUGAUCUCAGUGAAUGGCAGUUUGCUCAUAGCUCUAGAGGAGCUCAAGUCGAGACUGGUGUUAAAAGAGAUGAUGGGAAAGCAAUCUGGUGUCCUCCUCCAGAUGGUUGGCUUAAAGUGAAUGUGGAUGCGGCUAUUCGAGUGGCAUCGGCUUGGGUUGUAUUAUUAGAGACUCUACUGGUAGGUUGUUGA